GAAGGGAGGCUGGCACUCAGUCUGUUCGCUCGCAGGAGGAAUCAGCAGCAGCAGCAGGACAAUGGACUGUCUCCACUACGGAUCCUAACGGACACCGGGCUGUUUCUUACAAACUGGAAUACAAGGAAGUGAAUGUCAAACAGCUCCAGGAUGCUGCCGUCCUCAUCCCUGCUAACCUGCUGUUCACCAGGGGGCAUCUGAUAUACCAAACAUGAUGAAGACUGAACCCCCGUCAGCCACGGGGGGCAACGGGACCUCCGGUGGCAGCAGUGGGGGAAGCGGGAGCUCGAACCUGCGUAGUCCGUCGCCCCACCGCAACGCCUACGAGGCAGGGCUUGCGGCGCUCAAGAAGGCCACGGACCACCUCAACAAUGCUGCAAACGGGGGCGCUGGCCCCAUCUCAAAACCCGCUCCUCUGCCUCGCCCGACCGGGAGGGGCAGGAAAUAUGGAUCAAAUGUUCACCGCAUCAAGAACAUGUUCAUGCAGAUGCAGUCUCCUGGCGACGAGGAGGAAGGAGACAAAAUGAUUGGUGUAGAGCAAGCUGUGAAACUGUCUCUACCGAGGGCAUCUAGCCUCAACGAGAACGUGGACCACAGUGCCCUGCUCAAACUUGGGGCCACGGUCUCAGAGAGAGUCAACCGUUUUGACUCUAAACCAGGCGGAGAGGGUGGGGGCUUCUCCAAGCUCCAGGAGACCAGGCGGAUCUUCGAACAGCGGACUCUUCAGGAGAAGCAAGCUGCCACCAACCGGAUCUUGCUAAAGAAGGAGCGGGCAUCAGGCUUCCAAGACAGCCGCUUAGAUGUCGUGGCUCGUUUUAACGGCUCCACCGAGGCAUUGGACCGGAUAGACGACCCGCCUGCUCCCGCUCCCUCUCCUAUUCCUGUUCCCUCUCCUCUUCCUGCUCCCUCUCCUCUUCCUGCUUCCGUUCCUCUUCCUUCUUCCGAUCCUCUUCCUGCUUCCCCUCCUCUUCCUACUUCCGCUCCUCUUCCUGCUCCCGCUAUUCUUCCUGCGGGCGCGGCUUCAGUCGGGCCCGGUGAUGCCGUCAGCCCCACCGUGAGCCAACUCAGUGCCGUGUUCGAGAAGACCGAACCGCAAAACAAUCUCCCCCAACGUCGGUCAGGCCCCGCCCUAGCACCAAAGCCCAAACCUCCAGCCAGAGCAGAGGAUACAGGGAGGAAGGGGAAGGGGCUCCCUCAAGGUAAGGAGGACCACGAGGAGGUGGCAGAAGGAGUUGAGAGUACCCAUGACAUGACAGAUUCUCUACAGAGUAGCUUAGGAGAAGUGAUGGCCGGCCAGGAGAAGGAAGGGUUGGGACAGUCAGGAGACCAGCUCCCCUACUCCUCUUACUCCUCGUCCUCUUCAGAAGUCAAAUCAGAGUUUGAGUCCCAGCCAACAGCGACCGAAGCCAGGGGCUCAAGCACGAUGGCUGCUCCAGAGCAAGUUGGCUCCUCCGGGGGGUCUGAGGCCGGAGCCAGGCUGGUGCAGGCCGAGGUUCAUGCCUCACUGGAAAAUGGAGAAAAAGAGUCUCCAGGUUCCUCUCCCUCCUCAGAGGAGAGAGAAGAGGACUCUGAGAGGAGGGGCGAGGAAGAGGAGGAAGAGGAAAACGACGAGGAUGGCUCGAGGAAGGAGGAUUACUCCGAGGGGGAUCUGGUGGAUAUCAGUGCGUACAGCGGGCUUGGGGAGGAGGACUCUGGGGGCAGCCAGCUAGACGAUGAGGAGGAUGAGGAAGAGGAGGAGGAGUAUCAGCCGGAGACCAGCUGCUCCGAGAUCCCGGGUCUCCCUGAGGAAGAAGAGCCCCCACCACCCAAUAGGAAGAUUCAAUUCAGCAUUGGGCCAAUAAAGGUGUUCACCACUUACUCUAACGAAGACUACGAUCGGCGCAAUGACGACGUUGACCCCAUGGCGGCCUCGGCCGAGUACGAGCUGGAGAAACGAGUGGAGAAGCUGGACCUGUUUCCUGUAGAGCUGGUGAAAGACAGUGAUGGUCUGGGUAUCAGUAUCAUAGGUAUGGGUGCAGGAGCUGAUAUGGGUCUGGAGAAACUGGGGAUCUUUGUUAAGACGGUGACCGACGGAGGAGCUGCACAGAGAGACGGCAGGAUCCUGGUAAAUGAUCUGAUAGUGGAGGUUGAUGGGACCAGCCUGGUCGGCGUCACUCAGAGCCUUGCUGCCUCUGUCCUCCGCAACACCACCGGCACCGUCAGCUUUGUGAUUGGUCGGGAGAAGCCGGGGGAGCAGAGUGAAGUGGCUCAGCUGAUCCAGCAGACUUUGGAGCAGGAGAGGUGGCAGAGAGAGAUGAUGGAGCAGAGAUACAAACAGUACAUGGACGAUGAUGAAGAGACAGGUGAAUAUGCGACAGACGAGGAAGAGGAGAUGAGUCCAGUGUUUCCAAACUCCAUUGAGGUUUUCGACCUGGCUGAGAACCAGGAGACGUCUCCUGUGGAGCUGGACCCCGAGAAGCUGGCCCACAAAUUUAAGGAGCUCCAGAUUAAACAUGCAGUAACCCAGGCGGAGAUCCAGCUUUUAAAGAGGAAGCUGGCUCAUGCGGAGCAGGAUAAAUUGCGUUGGCGGAUGGAGCGUGCUCAGUUGGAGCAAAACAUCCGGGACAGUAAAGAGAGGAUGGAGAAACUGGAGGGCUACUGGAUGGAGGCACAGUCCCUGUGUAAGGCAGUGGAUGAACACCUGAAGGAAACCCAGUCUCAGUACCAAACUCUAGAGAGGAAAUACAGCAAAGCCAAGAGACUGAUUAAAGAGUACCAGCAGAAAGAGAUCGAGUUCCUGAAGAAGGAGACAGCUCAGCGUCGAGCAGAAGAAGAGAGUGAGGCAACACACAAAGAGGAGGCAGACAACCUACAGGAAAUGAUUACAGACCUGGAGACCAAAGUGGAUGCCCUGAAGACCCCCAAACCCUCCUAGACUGCUGCCACUUCCUAUCUCCUGUCUGUGACAGGAAGAGGAGGAGCUCUGCCUUCAUUCUGACCUGGGCUGUAUUUUAUUGCAAUCAACCAUUUACUGCACGAACAGGUAGUGGGGAAAAAAGAAUAACAGAGAUGACAAGUGUAAAGAGGGGAGUUGGGCGACAUUGAAAGAGGAAAGCAGCAACUUCUCAUCUGACAUCUGCCAGCGACCUAGAGCUCUGUCAGUCAACAACCAAUCCCAGAAUGCUCCCUCUGUAAUACCCAGAAUCCUCCUUGUGUGUCUUCCUGGCACCCGGCUUGGCAAUCAACACAGAAACCACAUUCAACAACCUGUGCUUUAUUCAUGGAUGAUCGUAUUGGCUUCUCCUCUCUUACCCGGAUUCAAAUUUAUUUUAAAAAGCGCUUUUAUUGAACAGGCUCGUCACAAAGUGCUUUAUAGAGUGACAGAGGGCAUACAAGCAGAAUGCAACCGAACAAAAGGACAAAGGUCAUUUGAUUGUUUACUCUUGAACUCGUGGUUGCUGAACCAUUCCUUUUUUUGUUUGGGACUGGACUGAAUUCUUAAGAAGAGGACAAACCUGUUUUCCGUCGCAUGGCAUCGAUCAUUCAAACUCAGAAGCACUCGGAGAAAUGGCCAUCGCAUUUUUAAAGACACAUUCUGAAGUGGAACCUUGGGCGUAACACGCAACAAAAACUUUGAAAGGAAUUAGCCACCACCUGCUGAUAGUUAAGUAAUAAAAACUACAAAACAAGAUGGCCGACAGAUUUCAGAUUAGUGACAAACUGCCCACCCUUGCCUUUUGGUUUCUCCUUUCCAGCCUCUGCAAGCGAUGGAAAGAGUCAGGCAGAGGCUUUUUGGGUCUGAACUGUGGUGGCAUACUGUCUGUAUAUAUUCUAUACAUGUAUUUAAAAGUGUUUAAAUGGCUUAAGCAAUUAAGUGGGUCUGAUAUCUGAGAGUAAGGCAGUGCAAUGAGCCCAAUGACUGGUUCAGUAGUCCCGAUUCAGUCUGUUUCAUCUCUUUUCUAUCAACAUCAAUGGCAAACAGGGUGUGAAUAGUAUAAUUUGUGCUUAUAGAGCUUCUGAUGGUGUAUAUUUGUUGUUUACUUACUACAGUAUAUGUGGGUUUACAUGCACACCAAUGUGAUUGUCACAUUUUUUAAGUUGGUGCAAGGUUUUCAGAAAUCUUCUCUUAUCCAGGAUCACGAUAAAGGAAUUUACUGGUAUUCUCAGGCUACAUUGUGUACAGCUUGCACUCACUGCACAGUGUCUGUAGUCAGAGCUACAUGAGACACUGAGAAUAUUCAGAAAGCAGCGGAUCUCCUGAGGUGCACUUUAUACCUGUUCAAACAUUUCCUGGAGGCAAAACUGCUCUACAAAUAAUCUCAUUAGUUGAAGUAAACAUAAGUGGGUGAUCCCAAGAAUUCCUGAGCGUUGCUGGAUGUUCAAGGCAGAUAUUACAGAGUUUUAAAAUACUGUUACAAAAUAUCGGAUAUAUUGUAUCCAAAUGACCUCAAACAUAUUUUGGACAUGUUUGGAACCAUUUCCUCUUCUACGGAAGCAAAGAAAGGCUAUAGUAAUUAUAUAUCUUUUAUUUUUUAGAAGCAACUGAUUAUUAUUGAAAUGUUAAUACCAUUGAAUCUAUAGCACUGGAUUUUCUUUUACUUUGAAAUUUGUCUGUCUAAUGUUUUUUGGUUUUAAUGUCCCUUUUAUCACAAAUUCAAAGAAUUCCAGUGUCCGAGGUUCCCGGUCCUUUUCUGAACCUUUCUGUCUUGUAUCAUGUGACUGACGGGACGUAACCUGAUUGGCCGGAGAUCCGGUUGAUUCCUUCAGGCUCCAUUGAUGUUUGUCUGAAUGUAACCGAUCUAAUUUAAAACAACCAGAUUAUUCAAAUUUACUUGAGUUUUUCAAUUAGAGUUUGAGUCGAGUUUUGUGAGUAUUGGACGCAGGUCGGAUAGAUGGUUUUAUAUUAUUAGGUAUUUUUAUUGAUAUUUCAAUCAGCAUUUGUCUUUUCUAAUCAUCUAAUGAAGCCUUGAUAUGCUCACGUACCAGGAUGGUUUUGCUUCUGAGAAAUGUUUAUGAAACUAGACCCUCGCAUGGAUAUGAGCUACAGUGUUAUUCAGAAAACCGUGUGCAUGUAAACUCACUGCACAUCUAUUGUAUUAGGAGAGGAGUAGCAGGUCCCAGUGCCAGUAUUAGAUCAACUUAAGUUAGUGAUUCAUGCCUGACAUAGUCCAAAUAUGGGUUCAAUACAAGUGUUGCUGUGGUCGUUAGAAAUCUGAGUUCUUUUUUUCCGAACCCAAGAACCACUGGAGGUUCAGGUUCAGCCGCUUAAAAUUUGUUUUAUUUUUGUUUCUUUUCAGACAAAUUUCUUCUUGGUCAGAUAAAUCGGAUAUGUUGCAAACACUUGAAGAAACCACAGAAAUGGUUAUCGUUUGUCAAAUAGUACGAGCUCUUUGGGUCACAUCUAGAAAGUGUUUUCCACCAGAGAUGGGAAUUUGAUUCACAUACUAUGAAAUUGGCUAAUGCAGAAACAAAUGAAGACAUUUGUCCAUGCAGUACAGUCUCUGUUUAUACAAUAGGAUUAUAUAUUUAACUAUUCUGAUUUGACUAUUAUCCAGUAGUUGAUUAUGACUGUUUGUUAUUCCAAAUAUGAGGUUCAUAUUUGCAUGUGGAUGGCAAAAUGGUGCUGAGUAAGACAGUGUUCACACACAAGUAACUUAUACAAAGUUUUGAACGAGCAAAUUGUGUAUUGCUGCUCUAAUGUUGUCGUUCACCAUGGUGAUUAUUAUGACUUUGUGUAUGUCUUCAUCGAGAUAUUACAGCUUGCUGGCAAGCUCUGAUUAGGUUGCAUUAUUUGAAAACCCUGAAUCAGAAAACAUUUGAAUUAGGCUAUUUAAAUUCUUAUCAAAUAAUGAAUGCAACCAUUUUGUUUUUUUUACAAACAUUCCUGGUUCCCAGAGAUUGAAUCCUCGGAUGAAUCGUUACUCGUCAGUGAUCCCUUGUCUUUUCCUCUAGCGCCAUCUGCUGGUCAAACCUUUCAUUUGUCUAAUACUUUGUAAUAUUCCCAUCAGCCUCAGCUAUACACUGUAAUUAAUGCUGAUUGAAAAAAUAUAUUUUGUUCAUUUGUCAUCUUGCGAACACAGAAAAACUUUCCCAAAAAAUGUGGUUAAAGCAGUUCUGCUCGUCAAAAAAAUGUAAAUCUAAUGUUGCACUUCCAAGUAUACGAGCUUGCUAAUGGUAGUUCAUAGAAGCAUGACACAUGGACACACAGCGUGACAGCAGAGGAGACCAACUUAUUCUGCUUUGUAUUAAUGUAAAGUGUUAGUGACCAAGCUGUCCCUGUAGCGUCUCAAUCUGCACCUUCACCUCUGACCUACAGGAAAUAAUAAGUGUUAGAUUUUCAGUGACUCGUGUGAUCAAAGCUUGUGUAGGAACUAUUUAGUCACGAUCAGGAAGAUGGAAAUGUUAACUGACUAAUGUCAUUUUUCAGUUUUUCUGCUGCCCUGGAUAUUUGGUGAAAUACGUGAUAAUACUGUGAACACCCACAACAACAGCUUGAAAGAUGGAUUAGAUAUCAUGAGUCUGUUUGAGUGAGACAAAGUCACAAUAUAAGGUUAUCAUGUAAUCAUUUUUAGAGACACCCAAGCAUUUGUUCAAACCAUGCAGUAUAUCUACGUUGUAGUCCUUUAUCGGACAGGAACAAAAGUCUUCGAGAGCAUUUUCUAGAGGAAUGAAAAUCAGCCAUAAGCAACUCACUUGGGUAUUUUUAUUUCUUAAGUCUUUUUUAUUACUGCUUCAUCUCUCUGUCAAACCAAAUGUGAGCUGUACAGUUGCUGUUUUAGCACCAAAUCAAGUCCUGGUCACUUUGUGUUCAAAAUCUAAACACAGUAAGCGACCGCUUUGCCUUGUUAUGACUCGUUCUUGUUAGUUAACAUGCUGCUUUUGCCUUCACAAAGCCUUCUGAUGUGUGCUAGCUGUAGCUGACUAUCACAGUUGUUACCCACCAUGUCUGCCCUUUACAGAAGCCCUGAGAGGCAAGUGAGAAAAGCAAAAUCCUGGCGAUCCAUUUUGUAAGUCGGAACUCAAUUGUUUUCUCCUGUGUUUAUGACUUCCUUAAUAAAUAAAACAUUAAUCUGUAAAACAGGUGGGAAAGAGGUUUUGCCAGGUGAAAAUGUUUUAUUUGUCAGGAUCAUCAUCAAAAUGAUCCUGACAAAGAAAUCACCUGCCAAAACCUUUCUUUCACGUGUUUUUAUUUUCACAGAUCAAAAAAUGAACUUAGAAAGAUUAAAUCCAGUUCUUAAGACAUAGAAACCGGAGCAAAAACAAUUUAGAUCAGACGUAGAAAAUGACAAAAAAUAAAUGUGUCACUUGCCUCUUCGGGCUUCCGUAGCCCGUCGUCACUCAUGCCUGCAUUAAAAAAACUAAAAGUGUUUAAAGCGUGUUUGCCAGUGAGUACAGUAAAGACAAACUGCCAUGUUGGAAAGACUGACAGAUUGUAGCAUUUCACUUUUGUUACAGAUUGUAGACAGAUUGAUGCCUUUCUCCACAACAUAUGGUCCUCAUAUUUUAAAUAGUAACCAAACUCAGCUCUUUCCCCUGCUUCACAUAUACCAACGGGUGACCUCUGAGGAGCUCUGCUGGAGGAGAGAGGGUUUAGUGCCUUGCUUAAGGGUUAAGGAUGAGGGUAGUUGAGAGGGGGGACACGUUUGUCAGACCUCACAGUGCAUUUUGGUGAGUAACGGACCGUUUUACUUUCUCGUAAGUCUAGUUUGACCUUGACAACUGGCAAGUUCUGUCCUGUAGCCAUUGGUAACCCAUCUUUAAACACUUUACAGACCAGUAGAACAGAUACCUGUUGUGUAGAUCAAGUAUAGGCUUGUGCUGACAUAAUGUGUUGCACAGCAACUUUUAAGAAACUGGAACAAGGGUUAUAAAUGCGAACAAAUUUCUGUUUGAAUUUUCCAUCUGCUUUGUUCUAUUAUACUCCAGUACUCAAUGUCCAUGGCAUUUUGGAGCAAUUUGAGUCCUUUUUAAUAAUAUUAACUCUUGGCUUAACUUCAAACACAUUGAUGGAAUCAGAGAGGUGCGGUAUGCUAGAUGAAUGAGCAUGGACGGAGCGCUGACAAACAGUGUGAGCACGACAAUCUGCCGACAGUGUACACGCUGACCUUUGAGUGGAUUUCCUUCUCUGCCUGGUUCUGUUCUUCUGUUGAUGCCACCAUGUUUGUCUGAACCAAUACCUGUCUGUCAGCAUUAAUAAAUAAAAUAUGUUGAACAAGAA